AUGGAGGUCGACCCCCCCCCCGGGUGGGCCGCGGACGUGGAGACGUUCGUGUCUCCCGACCGAUCCAUCCCGGAAGCGUCGCGCGCGGACGCGUCGCGCGCCGUCGUCCGGCUCCUGCGCGACGGCGCGAUCUCGUUCCUCGACCUCCUGCGCGGCAUGGAGUCCGCCCUCGUGACGACGGAGGACGCGCGACGCGCGCGCGGGGUGCUCCUCCUCGCCGAGUCCGUCGCCGGGUACGCCUCGGGCGCGCCCGACGGCGCCGACGACGCGUCGCGGUCGCCGCGUCCGCUGCCCGCGAGCGCGGCCAACCUGCUGUCGCAGUACUUCACGUCCAAGCUGGACGACUUCGCGGUCGUCCGCGCGGCGCUGCUCGGAUGCGCGGCGAUGCUCCGCGCGCGCGUUUCAGUUUCGCCCGAAGAAGGGACGAAUCCGGGAUCCGUCCCUCACGCGGAUCCCGGCGCGAUGACGACGACGACGAAUCCGAAGACGACGCCCGCGGUGACUCGACUCGCCGCGCUCGACAUGGCGGACCGCUUCUUCGACGCCGUGCACGUCCCGAGCCUCGUGCAGGCGGAUCGCCAGCGAAGCUACGAGCUGCUGAUCGCGCUGCUGUCGCACGCGGGCGCGGCGGACGAGCCGGACGCGGUCGGCCCGCCGCUCGGCACGUCGACGCCGUCGGAGCAGCUCGAGUGCGUCGUCGCCGCGUGCGACGGCGAGAAGGACCCGCGGUGCGUCCUCCUCGUCUGCGAGCUCUUCCAGGCGUUGCCCCGCGCGUUUUGCGGCGCCGAGGGCGACGACGCGCGCGCGCUCUCCAAGCUCGACGCGCAUCGCGCCGCGUUCGCCGCCGCCGCGGAGACGCUCUACGACGUCGUCGCCGCGUACUUCCCGGUGUCGUUCCGCCCGCCGCCCGGCGACGUCGUGCGCGUCACGCACGAGCAGCUCGCGGCGACGUUGCGAGGCGCGAUGUGCGCGUCGAGCGCGUACGCGCCGUGGGCGGUGCCGCACGUGUUGGAGAGCGUGGACGGGUCCAAGCCGGGGCUGGUCGUGGACGACGCGCUGGCCGCGCUGGCCGCGUGCGGGAGCGCGUUCGGGCGGCGCGCGAUGGCGCCUCACAUGCGCGCGACGUGGGGGGCGCUGCGGAGGGUGCUGCUGAACCCGCCGCAGGGCGGGGAGGAUCUGAACGCGGAGGGCGUCGCGCGGUGGGCGACGAGGAUGUUCGCCGCGGAGUGGGCGACCGGGGGGGGCGGGCCCGGGCGCGUCUCGCUCGUGGACUUGGCGCUGGAGGAUUCGUGCUUGAAGGACGCCGCUGCCGCGUUGUCCCCGAGCGGCGUGAGCGAGGAUGGGGAAGAAAACGAAAACGCGGAGAAGAGCGGCGGGGGGUGCUGCGGCGGGAGCGGGCACGAUCACGACCACGACCACGACCACGGCGGCGGCGGCGGCGGGUGCGGCAACGCUCGACCCGGCGGCGGCGCGACCGAGGGCGCCGCCGCGUCCGCGUCCGAGGUCACGAAGCGCGGGCACGCGCUCGUCGCGGGCGCGGGCCGCGUCCUCGGCGCGGUCGCCGCGUCUGGCGUCGCCGCCGCGUCCGCGGCGAUCGCGCGCGGGUUGACCCCGCUCCUUGACGCGGCGGGCUUGGGACCGACGGGCGACGUGGAGCGCGUGAAGCCCGGCGUCGCGCCGCUGUUGCUCGUGCUCGCGAUGCCGACGAUCUCCGGCGCGCUCGACGGCUCCAUAUUCGGCGGCGGCGAAGAAGAGACGGGGACGGGGACGAUCGGCGGGGCCCAGGGCGUGUUGGGCGCGUGCGGGCCUCGGCUCGCGGGUCUGUUCGCGGCCGCGGCGGCGAAGACGAUCAAGGGCGCGGGCGCGUUGACGCGAGACGACGGCGUCGAAUACGUCGAGGACGAGGAGGAGGCGUUCGUGGACGCGUCUGACGGCGCGAUUCUCGGCAUCGCGGGCCUCCGCGCGCUCACCGCGUUCCCCACCGGGCACGGGCUGUCGUCCGGCGACGGCGCCAUCACCGCGAUGCGCGCGCUUGUGGACGCGGCGACGCGGCCGGACGACCCGCCGCCGGCGUUCGCAUCAAGCGCGGCGAACGACGAGGAAACGACGGCGUACCUCGCGUACGUCGGGGACGACGUGCGCCGACGCGCGGGGGAGGCGCUCGGCGCGGCGGCGGCGUCGACGCGGGAUCCGGACAUGGCGGCCGCGGCGAUAACGCACGCGCUGCCGCCGUUGAUGAAGCUGUGCGAGGAGUGCGCGGGCGGCGCGGCGGCGCGGGCGUUGGCGGCGGCGGCGCGCGUCGCCGCCGUCUCGUCGGCGGCGCGGAAAGUCGCGACGCCGAUUUUGUGCGCGUUCGCGACGCGGCCGCGGGACGCCGCGGCUUUUGACGCGGAAUCGUGGCGCGCGCUCGUGGACGCGCUCGCGGGGACGUCGGAUACGGCGUCGACGACGUCCACGCCCGGGAUGCUGCAGCGUGCGGCGACGGACGCGGAGGGCGCGUCGCCGGAGGAGGACGCGGCGGCGGCGGCGUUGGCGACGACGUUUCUUUCUCCUCGCGCGCCCGCCGCGCCCGCCGGGCCCGAAGACGCUUCCGCUUCCGCUUCCGCUUCUGACGACGGCGUCGUGCGACUCGUGCGCGCCGCGGUCGCCGCGUGCGCGGUCGAGACGCAGGAACCCAUCGUCGCCGCGGCGAUCGAGAUCGUCCUCGCGGCGCGCGAGCGUCGCGAGGAAGACGGCGCGUUCAAAGCCGCGGCGGCGGCGCUCUCCGCGACGCGUCCGACGACGCGCGUCCCGUCGUGCGUCGACGCCGUGCGCGCGCUCGUCGCCGUCGCCGUGGACGACGCGUCGUCCGAAGACGACGCGACCGCGGCGUCGCACGCGGCGAGCGCGCUGAUGCACAAGCACGGCGGCGCGGCGGACAGCGCGCUGGGCCCCGACUCGGGCGUCGGAGCGGCGAAAGCCGCGGGCGCGUUCGCGGCGUUGCGAUCGCCGCGCGGCGUCCGAGUCGUCGGCGGCGUGCUUCGCGCGCUCGCGGCCAGGAACGACGCGACCGCGCCCGCGCUCGCGGCCGAGCUCGCGUCCUCGCUCGCGUCGGAGGAUCGCGAGCUCGCCGCGGGCGCGGCGAAGGCGCUCGGGGCGGCGCUGUCGCCGAGCGGCGGCGGACCGGGCGUCGCGAAGACGUUCCACGGCGUCGAGAAGCCGCUGUUCCGUCAGAAGCUCUUCUCGACGACGCUGCCGUCGAUCCUGACGCCGCUGCGCGCGGGCGCGGCCGACCUCGCGCAUCGCCCCGCGCGCCUGUCCGCGCUCGUGCACCUCGCCGCGCACGCGCCGACGCCCGCGGUGCUGCAACGCGGCGACGCCGUCGUGCCGCUGCUCGCGGAGGCGAUGCGCGCGCUCGCGGAUCGCGAGACGCCGUUCGCGGAUAAAGACGCGCUCGCGUCCGCGAUCACGCUCACCGCGUCUUUCUUGAGCGACGAGCGCGCGAGGGACGUGCUGCACGCGCACGCGGACGAGCACGGUGGGGGGAUCAUCGACGCGUUGUGCGCGUUGGGCACGGCGAGCGCGGCGGGGCGCGCGCGGCGGCGAACGAAGCCGGACGAGCGCUUCGCCGCGGGGGACCCGACGAUAAUGUCCGCGGUCGUUCGCGAGACCGCGCUCGAGGCGCUCCUCGCCGCGGUCGCGUUGCCGUUCAGCGCGGUGUACCCGCAGAGGAAGGCGGUCAUGAAAGCGGCGACCGCGGCGUUGGACGACCCGAAGCGACGCGUGCGGAUGGCCGCGGGGAGGUGUCGCGAGGUGUGGCGCAAGUUGGAUCCGAAGUGCGCGUAUUAG